UUACCUGGUUUUGGCCUUUCAUGAAAUGUAAACAAUUUUUUGUCCUUUUUUUUUGCCUUUUCCAGUAUUCCAAAGGAUCACUUUUACUCCCCCUUCGCAUGAUCUAAGUGUUCAUCCUCUCUUAUAAGAGGAAACCCUAAGUACCAUUUUGAUUAAUCUUAGUUUCAGUUUCUGGUCCUGCAAUGGCCUACUCUAUUUGUUCCCAGGCUGCUAACCUGGUUCAUGCGAGCUGUGAUACAUCAGUAAGGAGAUCCAGUUUCCAGAAAAGUUCUCUAUCAUUUCAAGGCAAAGCAUGGGUGCCAGUACUUUCUUUGAAUGGAAGCCCAAAAACGUUGUCCUCAAAGGCUGGAUACACAACAUGCAUGUCUGUGCAGCAAGCUAAGAGAAGUAAAGUUGCAGUAUCACCUUUGGAACUUGAGGAUGCUAGAGAACCUCCUCUUAAUUUAUACAAGCCCAAGGAUUCAUACACAGCAACCAUAGUUUCGGUUGAAAGGCUUGUUGGCCCAAAAGCUCCCGGUGAAACAUGCCAUAUUGUGAUUGAUCAUGGAGGCAAUGUUCCCUAUUGGGAAGGGCAGAGUUAUGGUGUCAUCCCUCCUGGUGAAAACCCAAAGAAACCAGGAGCUCCCCAAAAUGUCCGACUCUAUUCAAUAGCGUCAACCCGAUAUGGGGACUUCUUUGAUGGCAAAACAGCCAGCCUGUGUGUACGUCGAGCUGUGUAUUAUGACCCGGACACUGGAAAUGAAGAUCCUUCAAAGAAUGGCAUUUGCAGCAAUUUCCUUUGUAAUUCCAAGCCAGGAGACAAAGUCCAGAUUACAGGACCAUCUGGUAAGGUGAUGCUAUUGCCCGAAGAGGACCCAGAUGCCACUCAUAUCAUGAUAGCAACUGGAACCGGCAUUGCACCAUUCAGAGGAUAUCUAAGGAGGAUGUUCAUGGAGUCCAUCCCCUCUUUUAAAUUUGGAGGCCUCGCUUGGCUUUUCCUUGGUGUUGCAAACUCAGAUAGUCUUCUCUAUGAUGAAGAGUUCAAUAAUUACGUGAAAGAAUACCCUGAAAACUUCAGGUACGACUUAGCACUGAGCAGAGAGCAAAAGAAUAAAUUAGGGGGAAAACUCUAUGUUCAGGAUAAGAUUGAGGAAUACAGUGAUGAAGUUUUUAAGCUUUUGGAUGAAGGUGCACAUAUAUAUUUUUGUGGGUUGAGGGGAAUGAUGCCCGGGAUUCAGGAUACACUGAAGAGAGUUGCAGAGCAAAGGGGAGAGAAUUGGGAGGAGAAGCUCUCCAAACUCAAGAAGAACAAGCAAUGGCAUGUUGAGGUCUAUUAGGCAAGAAUUGAUUAGGAAAACAGAGAGAGGAAAGAGGUUCAGUUAGGCAAGAUGAAGAGGGGUUGGGUUGGUCCUGUGCAAUAAUGCUCAACAGGUCAGAGAAGGAUGAAUUUUCUGAUUUUUCCAAUGUGUUUGUGUACUCCAUAUUUGGAUUUUAUGCGGCAAGAUUGCUGUGAUUUUAUGAUCUCAUUGAGAAAUGCCUUAUCUAUAUUCAGAUGGGGCUUGGAUGUAAUGGACCUGGAAGAUGAAAGAGGAGAGAAAAUGUUGGGAUAGAGAUUUCUAUUAUAAUCUAUGUGGUUAUUUAGGGUUAACAUUUAGCUAUAAAUAGCAAAAAUGCAUUGCUUUGUUUCCUUUAA